AUGAUGCAACCAGCUCGGCCCGCCGGUGGCGGAUCAAAGCAAUGGGUGGAACUCCAGCUUCUGUGCCGCGGCAACAUGGGAAAGACGCGCAUCUUGCAGAGUCUUCUGGCGUACUACCAGAAAGUAUCGCCGCAUCUGCAGCAACAAGCGCUCCCGACCGUGCCAGAUCUCACGCUCAAUAUUCCCCGCAGUAUCGAUCUUGUUCAACUGUACGAAGAAGUGGUCGAACGGGGAGGGUACGACGCUGUGUCCGAACAUUCCCGAUGGACUAGCAUCUCUCUCUCCAUGAAGUUGAAGAUCGCGCCGUCCAAGCUGCAGGUGCUCUACUCGACGUGGUUGCGUGGAUUUGAAUCCCAUCAGAUUGGCCCCAGGAAAGAAGGCGGGCGUCAUGACGAUAUGGCAGAGCCCGUUGCGACCCACGCCGAGCUCCAACUCGCGACAAGCAUUCGGCAAACACCCCUGCCCGUCGUCACCAAGCGGUUGAAAACACAUCGAAACCAGCUCUGCGACUUGGGCGUCAUGCAUCGGUUGGUGCUAGCGCUCGACUCGAACCUGCCAGACCAUGUCGAGUGGGCGCUCAACCAACUGACUGUGCUCUCAUUCGGGGCACCGAAAGACCCCGACUGCGACCUCCUCCUGUCGCACGUCCCCGGGCUCCUCGACGCCCUCGUCCGCCAGCUGUCGUCACCUUCCCAUGCUCCGAUCCUGGCAUCCACCAACAACCACCACGAUGGAGUGUUUGGCCAUCCCAUCAUGCACGCCGACCGGACGUGCCGCGUCCUCCACAUCUUGAGGAAUCUGUCCAUGAUUCCAGACAACCAGCCGCAUCUGGCCUCCCACGCGGCGUUUCUUGCGCUCGUGCCGCGCAUGUUGCGCUACUCACCACCUUCCUCCCUUCAACAACUCGACAGAUACAACCGAGAAGCCGUCGAUUUAUUGUGGGACGUUGCAGUGCAACUGGCGGGUUCAACUAGUACUACUACUAGUAGUAGUACUACGCUGAAUGUGUCGGAUGCGUGGAUUGAUGCAGUGGUGGGGACCUUGUUGGAGUCGUCCCAGAAGCGGUCGAGUGUGUUAAGUGCCGCCCAAGUCCUCUCCCAUUGGCUGCAAAGUCCUUCUUGUGCAGAUCGAGUCAUGCGACACGGGGCCUUCCGGGCGCUGCUUGCGCGGGUGGUCGAAGGCUGUGGUCGCAAUCGCGAGGUAGUACGAAUACAUACUAGUGGGAUCGUCUAGUAGUACUAGUUCGCGUUUAGGAUGGGUGGCUGCAGGAGGAUGACGACCCUGACCCUGCUACUGCCGUGUACAACGACGACGACGACGACGAAACUUGUCAUCCUCAUGGAGAUGACUCGGACGACGCGUGGCCGGUGCCGUGGGAAGAGCGUGGCCAAGUGUCGUAUCCGUCAUCUUUAGAAGUGGGCGCGGACAUGGGCAUGGUGUUUGCGUCCAAGGGAUGGGAUGGUGAGCCGGAAUCGAGGAAGAUGGACAUGCAAGUCCGUGACCGCAUGGUGCAUCUGCUGUACCUUCUUACGGACCGCCAUGACGUGGUGCGUGUGGCGGUGGCGUCGCUGCCGGAUGCCAUGCGGAGGUUGGUGGGCGUCGUGACGUCCUGCGUGGGUCGAGCCGAGUCGGCGCGGCUGGCGGUGGGAGUGCUGGCGAACCUGUCGCUGGCACCCGCGACUCUUCCGUACUUCUUGCCGAUCGAAAAGGACUUGGCGCUGGUGGCUAUGUCGGACCCAAGCCUCGCGGGGAUGCUUGCCAACAUCAUGGCCGACGUCUACGGCAUGAACUCCCUUUAACGAGAACCAUCGCAUGCAUGGGAAGAGCUGGAAUAGGGUCACGUUAGAUGGGGAUGCUGUUGUAGCUCACUAAGCUCACACCAUCACGACGUGAUGGGUGGUAAACACUGGGACGCUAUGGUUAUCCCGUUAUUUCACACGUUUCAAAUGUACAUUCACCAUGAUCAAAUGGACUAUAAAUUGUAGCUUUCGCAGCU